UUAAAUAAAUUAAAAAAACAAAACAAAUAUGAUUUCACGUCGCAAAAUCAUUUCACGUUCUUUGGAUAAUUUGGAUGCCAUUGGUCCCAAUACCGAAGAGGAGGAGGAUGUUUGGUAUGAUAAAGAGAAAUUAUUUCGUGAUCAUUUAGAGGAGGUCAUGGCAAAAUGGGAACAAAUUGAUGAUGAAAUUUGGGCAAAAAUUAUUGUUUUUGAAAAGAAUCGUCGUGUAGCUAAAGCUUAUGCCAGAUCAUCGGUUAUAUCGAUAAAUGGUUCGAAACAGGGUUUUGAUGGUGUAAGAAUUGGUUUAAAUGGUUUCGAUAAUCCUAUGCGUGAUUCUGAAAUUAAAGUCAUUAAAAAAUCCAUUGGUGAUGGUUUCAAAAUCAAAAUGGAUGAUAUUGGUAAUAUAUUUAUAAAGCGUUAUGGUAAAAGUGGAGUCUUCGUACACAAUACAAGUCAAACGAAUGAGGAAACAGUUAUUGGCGGAGAUAUUUUACAGUUGCCGAAUAUGGCACUAACAACUGGGACGUCGGCAAAGCUUUUCGAUAUGCGUAAAUUUACAACGAAUAUAAAUCGCGAAUUUUCCCGCACUUAUCCCGAGAGUUCACGUCUCGAGCGACAGUGUUUGUCGGCCAUAUCACUGGUUAAAACGAAUAACAAUUUACUCAAUUGUCCACUAUGGAUAAUGGUCAUAAAUGUGGUAGCCAUUGAUAUGUACAAGAAUCGUUUGCAGUCGUUGCCAAAAUCUCUAGAUGCCAUGGGUACACGUUUACCAUUGAAUGCAGGAGUAGGAGGAGGCGGUCAUGUAGCUGGCAGUGAGGAUCCCUAUUCAACAAUUGAAAGUCAAGUUGGUUUAAUCUAUCCAACACCAGCCGCCUCAGAUGAUUCGAAUAAUUCAUCGAAUUCAUCGAGUAAAGGAAGACGUAGUGUUUAUAAUAUGCAAAAUUAUAUAGAGGAGAGUCCGUAUAUGCCAAAGCCUGAUUAUGAUAUUUACAAUCAAGCUGUACCCAUGUUGACCAGUAAAAAGAAUAAAUCUUCACAAAAUCGCAAAAAACAAGAUGAUCCUUACUAUUGUGGUCUUUUGGCACGUAUACCGAAUUUCAUUAAGACCUCUAAGCCCAGUGACAAUAAUAAUAAGAAAAUGAGUAAAAAAGAGGCAAAAAUUGCUCGUAAAAUUUCAGCAUCACAACAACAAUUAUUACAAGUGCCACCACAACCAGCCCAUCCCAUACCUAUAGCCACAUUUCAUCAGCAAUAUCAACCCUUUCAUGCCUAUUAUCCCUAUAAAUUGUACUCACAAAAUCAUCGUCUAUCACAGUCGCAAUUAUCACUAUGGGAUGCGCGUAGUUUAAUUAGUGCCCAUGAAUAAGCAAAAUAACUUUUUCAUUAAAUGUUUUGGUUUCCUUGGCCAACUUUUGUGUUAUUUAUAUUAAUUUUAUUUUGUGUUAUUUAUAUUAAUUUUAAACAAAAUUUUAUAUUAAAUUUCUUUCCUUUUUUUGUAAUUUUUAUUUUAUAAAUGAAAUUUUUAUUAAUUCUUAUGAAAAAACAAAGAAAAGUUGUUUUAGCGCAGCUUUUUUUUUAAAUUUAUGUGAUUUUAUAUUUCUUCCAUUAAGGAGUUUAAGCUUAACUCCCGCCCUUUAAAGAGUGCGCUUUCCUUAAAUUUUUAUAAAUGCAAUAAUUUUUUUUAUUAUAAUUACUUUAAAAAAUCGAAAUAAAAAAAAAUACUCGUCAUUAUUAUUAUAUUUUAUUAAAUAUAAAUUUUUUAUAAGUCAUUUAAAUAUGUAUUUUAAGAAAAUUUUCUAUUUUGCCAUAGAUAUUUUUCGUAUAUAAUUAAUUUUUUAAGACUGAAACAUGUCCUUUUUUUCUCUCUAAUAAACACAAGAGCAAAAUGUGAGAAAAAUUUAUAAAAUAGUUUAUAAAAAUAAAACUAAUUUAAUGAUAAUUUGUUAUACUAGCCUUUUUUGUUUUAUGUGUAAAUAUACUAUUUAAAAGUAAAUGUCAAUGUCAAUGUAAAUAGUUUAAGUAUGAGCUAGUUAUGAUUUAUAUAAAAAAAAUAUACUUAAAUUUUUUAUAUGUAUUAAUUUAAGAUACAUUCGAUACAUUUAUUAUAUAUAAUUUAUAUUAAAAAUAAAAAAAAAAUAUAUUGAAAAAA